AUGGGUCAAUAGUCAGCAAAGCCUGAGCUAGAUUAAUAAAUUAGAUAUAGGUUCAAAGGUUAUCCUGAUGAGAUAGAAUUAGUUUUUGGGAGUCUUAAAAACAAACAUCGUUUUCAAAAGAAAAUACCUUCAGACAAAAUUCUUCAAAAAGACUUUGAAAAUUUUGCUUCAAAGCUUAUUGCUUCUGAAGAUUAAAAAUAAAUAAUUUACAAUCUUCCAAAGAAAUAUAAAUGGCGUCUUCUAAAUAAACAUUAGGAUAUAAUGGAAGGAAAAUCAUAAAAGAAUAUUACUAAGACUCCUCUUUAAAAGUUACUCGAAAGACUCAUUGAAGAACAAAGCGUUUACGCAUAUAACAAUUUGUUUGACUAAAUCGAAUUAGAAAGAAAGUAGAAUGAUGAAAUCUUUUGGAAAGACUUUAAGAAUUAUAGAGGACCUCAAAUAUUGAUCGAUAUAAUCAGUAAUUAAAAUACACAAUCAAGACAAUCAGGAAAAUAUGAUUUGCUAAUAAAACUAUUUGAAUUUAUUCAUUACAUGGUUACCACUUUCGAUUAAGGUAUUGAUUACUUGAAGCGUGUACCUAAUGGUAUUUAAACUAUUGUUUCAUGCAUAAACCCUUACCAUCCUAUGGUUACAGCAUAUGUGUUUGAUGUUUCUUCAUAAUUUUUACUUGGAAACGAUGAAGAUUUAGAAAGUGUAUGUCGUGGUUUCAGCGAGUAUAAAAUAAAUAACAGUUUAUCUUCUCGUUUUUAAAUUUUGAUUGACAUCCUAAAAGACUCUCCUAACAUUAUUUUGAUUAGGAACACAGUUGAUUUCUUGUUUAGCUUCAUAUCACUUCCUUCAAACAAAUAGCGUGCUAAACUCAUUAGAUAAGAAUUUAUAGAACUUAAUAUUGAAAAUAUAUUUGAGAUCAUCCUUACAAGAAUCAAGUUAGGAAAGUACAAAAUCAAAGAUUGUACAUAAUAAGCUUAUUUAAAUGCCUUGAAAAAUUAAAUUUAAGAAUAAAAUUAUUUUGAAGAUGGUCACAUAGAUUAAAAUAAUAGCAACCUAAAGAUGAUGCUUCUCAGUAAAAAAAAUGAACAAGAAGAUAUCAUAAAAGAAGAGUCAGAAGAAGCUGAAACAGUAGAUUAUAAUUCUUUAGCAGAUAAACUCGAGAAUUUUGAAGAGGAAAAAUAAGAAGACGAUGAGGUAGAUGAGGAAGUUGACCGCUUGCUCUUACUUUCCUGCACUUUAAACGAAGGAGAUACUAAAAUAUUCUAGUUACAUAUCUAGGGCAUAAAGAAUUAAAUGCAACUUUUUUUGACUUUCAAUUUGGAUGAUAGUGAAAAAACAAUCUUAGAUCCUGUUGAUUCUGUUUUUGUUAAACCUUAAAACUAUGAAAUUACAUUUGAAAGUUUAAUUGAAAAGCUUAAAAAAAAGGCAUUUGAAAAUGAUUGCUACGAUUAGCUAACUGGAUCUUUACAAAAGCUUUUAUUGCUUCCAAGUGAUUAAGAUAAAGUUAAAAAAGUAUUUAUUAACUUAGAUAAAGCACUAUCUAAGAUAUUCGCUUCACCUCAAGGAGUUAUAAGCGAAAAGGAACUAAAUGCUCUAGUUGAGAGCAAUAAAGAUAUGGAGAGUCUAAUUAAACAAAUCAAUUAGUUGGAGGAAUAAAAUAGAAUAAAGGAUUCUGAAAUAUCUGGUAUCUUGUAGCAAAAAGAUGAUAUAUCAGCUAAAUUUAUAGACCUCAAAAACCAAACAAAAGAAAUGGAAAGCUAGAUAUAAACUCUCUUAAAGGAAAUUAACUAGCUUAAAGCUUAAAUAGUUAAUAAUUAGGAAUCAUCAAACAUACCCUCAGCACCUUAGUUAGGUAUCCCACAAGCUCCAUCUAUCGGAGGAGGCAUUCCACCUGCUCCUAUUUUAGGAAGUGUACCAUAAGCACCAACUUUGGGAGAUAUUCCAACUGCACCACCUAUUUUCGGUAUACCACCAGCACCAUAAAUAGGAGGAAUUCCACCUGCACCACCAAUUGGAGGUAUUCCACCACCACCACCACCUUUUGGAUAAUCACCUGCAAUUAAUUUAGGAGGAGCACCUAUGCCACCACCAUUUCUUAUUGGAACUUAAGCACCAAUGAUGCCUUCUUUCAAUAUGCCUAUGAUGAUGCCUUAGCAGCCUCUAUAGAAACAAAAGAAAAAGCCAAAUGUCCCUCUCAAACCUUUUAUGUGGAACACAAUAACAGCUAAUAAUAUUAAAAAUACUAUAUGGGAGAAAUUAAAUGAUGAAAAAGUUGAAUUGGAUAUUAAAUUUAUAGAAGAUUAAUUUGAAAAGCCUACUGCUCCUGUCAAAUAAGUUGGUGGAGCUUCUUCAUAACCAAAUGGAUCUAACUCUAAUAGCACUUAAGGCAGCACAACAGCACCACCAAAACCAAUGAUUAUUCAAAAAACUAGCUUGAUUAAUGGUGAUAGAACAAAGACUUAUGAAAUUGUUUUGUAAAAGCUAAAAAUAUCUUCAAAUUUAAUCAGCAAUGCUUUAGUUAGCUGUGAUGAAAAAAUUUUAACUCUUAAUAAUCUUCAAUCUCUUAACAACAUUUGUCCUAAGCAAGAAGAAGUAGACCUAGUUACAGGUUAUAUUGAAGGUGGAGGUAAACCUGAGGAUUUAGCUAACCCUGAAAAGUUUAUUUACGAAGUAAAAAAAGUAAAAGGAUUUGGUGAUCGUAUCAGAGGUUUAAUUUUCCUUAAAACUCACGAAGAAAUGUUCUUAGAUUUAGAGCCAAAAGUUUAAAAAUUAAGAAGAGGUAUUUUCUAUUUGAAAGAUAACAAAUUAAUACCUGAAAUGCUUGAGUAUGUUUUAGCUUUUGGUAACUAUUUAAAUGGAGAAUCAGCAAGAGGUGGAGCCUGGGGCUUUAAAUUUGAUUCUUUGAUUAAAAUAAGUGAACUAAAAAUGAAAGAUAAUAAAACAACUUUGAUGAUGUAUGUAAUAGAUAUUUUUGAAAAGAAAUACAAUCCUCUCAUAUCUCUAGAAGAUGAAGAAGCUUUAAAUCUUUGUGAGUAGCUCCCUAUAUCACAAUUGAAUGCAGAUUUAAAUGAAAUAAAGAAAAAUUUCCGCUUUAUGCAAAAAGCUAUUUAAUCCCAGACAGAUCUUCCAAAUGACAAUAUCAAAUCAAAACUAGAUGGAAGCGUAGAUGCUAUCGAAUAACGUAUAAAUAGUAUGGAUGUUGAAAUUAAAACUAUAGAUGAAACUUACAAGUAAGUUGCAAGCUUGUAUGGAGAAAAGCCAACUGAUCCUUCUGAAAAGUUUGCUGAAAAGUUUGGAUAGCUUUUUAGAAAAAUUAAGAAAGAAAAGGCAGAUAAGCAGAAGAUAGAAGAGGCAAAGAAAAAAGAGGAAGAAAAGAAAAAGAAGGAAGAGGAAAAAAAGGCUAAAGAAGAUUUGAAGACCUCAACUUCAAAAGUAGAUUAAAAACAAGCAAAACCAGACUUAAAGGCUUCCACAUCAAAUGUACAAUAAAAGAAUUAAGUUCCUGAACAGAGUGUUUCUAAUCCACAACAAAAUUUAGCUAGUAUUAUGAAGGGAUUUAAAAGUCAACUUAGCUAAAAAGCUAACCAAAAGGUUGAAAAUUUAGAAAACGUUAGAGGAACAUUUAUUGGUAUGCAAAAUCUUAAUUCUGGCGAUGUCAGAAUGUCUAAAUGCUAUUAAAAUGUUAGAGAGAGUAUGUUAAUGACCAAAAAUAAGUCAGAUAUGUUAGGCCUUCUUAAGGAAAUGAAAAUGAAAAAAUAAUCAGGAAUUUAACAAAGUGGAGGAGAAGGAGGAGAAGAUUUACAAUCUGCUAUCUCUAAGAUCGGUUUCUUAAAUAAAUGA